UGUGUCGUGUGUCCCUGCUCACUGGUGGCUCCCGCUGUGUUUUGGAGCUGAGCGCUCACACCUGUGGCGAGCAGCGGAGGAGAGCACAGCCUCCUCGGGCUAAGUCUGCUGUAGACCUCCGCUGGCAAUGAUCUAAAGGUAGGUCCAUUCAUUCGGACUGUGCCUGGUGAGCGACAUCUCCGAACAGGGCCAUGCCAGCGGCAGAGACGCGCCCUGUGCCAUGCUGAACACAGGAGCGACCCUGCUCGCUCUGAGCGCCGUGGUCACACUCGUGCAGCCCUGCAGAGGAUGGAGCGACGAUGAUCUUCUGCUGCCACCCAUAAACUCCUCCAACAGGUUUCUGGCUAACUUAGAGGUGGACGUGCACUUCUCCAAGCGCUCGGUAGAGGAGAGUGACCCUUCAGCCGCGUCCCAGUGUAAUGUGACCGUGCACAGAUUACUCCCUACAUCCCUGGUGGCGCGCUGGGACAGCAGCUUCGGCUUCCAGUGUGAUGUCCUCGUCUACACCACCAAUAAUCACGGCAGGGCUUUCUUCUCCGCCACCAUCAACCGGGGCAUCUCCCCUGUGGUCAUCGAACAUCUGGCGAUCACGGGAGGGCAGCAGGAGUUGAGAUUGUGCGUGGGCUGCGGGAUGUCCCGCUACAGACGGUUUGGACAGGGCAGGUCCAGGGGACAGCACACCGGAGAUCAGAUCACAUUCUGCUGCGUGGAUUUCAGCUUGGACGAGCUUAAAGGGGACAAAAGUUGGAGGCUGAACAGAAAGCCGAUCGAGUCAACUCUUGUGGCGUGUUUCAUGACUCUGGUGAUCAUUGUGUGGAGCGUUGCUGCCCUCAUCUGGCCAGUGCCCAUAAUUGCGGGGUUUCUGCCCAACGGCAUGGAGCAGAGGAGGCCCAGAUAAGUCUGAUGUCCUACUGCUACACAGCUUAGUAUUGUAGCAAAACUAGCCAUCAAUGGACACCUAUCUAGACUCUGAAGGCCGGGCAUCCCAUAUGAACCCGUAGGCUUGACUGUAGACCUGUCCCUAGGCCAUAGGAUUGUGAUGUAAAAUUUACACUGCCAAUUGUGGGACCAAAAAAGUGUAUUUUGUAUACCUUGUAGGCCUUCUUCCUAUAGUCAGUGUAAACUGUGCACAAUUAAACUCCAAUGGUGUUUGUAUAAUUUUUAACCUUUCUAGAAUAUUUGCCUUAUCUGGUGUGAAGGACUUUUUACCUGAAAUGUGUGAUCAACAACAAACAAUAUCUCUUCUCUAUAGUUACAAAUUUUUAUCCGAAUUAGCAAAUAACACGUUGUUUUAUUGCAAAAAGUUUUGCUAUUUAUAUUGUAGAUUUAUAUUAUAAGAUUGGAUAUAUUUGCUUAUUUGUAUUCCUG